CACAUAAAUAUUGGUACAAGGGGGCACCAAAUAUAUAUGGAAGCAGCAGCUGCAUCUGAUAACUUCCGGAAGCUCUUCCAACUCAUUCGACUCACUGACAACAAGAAGUCCGGUGUGAAUGAAACGAUCUGUGUAGGUGACGGGAUGCCAAUCAUUAACUUCAGCCGACGUCUUCGACGGUGGGCAGAAUGUCCUGAGGAACAGUUCAACUGGUCUGGUGCCUCGGUAACGUCGAUCAGACUGUCCUGUCCUCCAUGGCCCGUGACCACUGACCCGUCUAACGAAGCGGAAUUCCGCAAGCAACUCCAACUCUUGAAGCGCCAUAAAUCACCAGGCCCAAAUGACUUAUCUCCAGCCCUUUUUAGAGAUGAUGGUGACUUUCUGGCUAAGACAUUGACUGAGUUGUUUACAAACGUCUCGCAAUUGAAGUGUUCCAACAUUACGGAAUGAGUCGAUCGUUGUCCCUAUCUUUAAAAAGGGUUCACGUCGUUCCUGUAACAACUAUCGGGGGAUAAGUCUACUUCCGAUUGCGUCCAAGGUAUUGGCUUCCGUUAUACUUCAUGGCCAUGCGUAUAUAGCCUCU